CUCUCUCUCUCUCUCUCUCUCUCUCUCUCUCUCAUCACAUGCAUCUUCAUUGCGAUCGAUCCUCUCCCAUGGUUUAACCUCAAAUUCAUCCUCACCGUCGAUCUCACUCUCCAGAACUUUCUCGAAACUGAACCAAAUCGCGUAGAUCUCAAAUUAGGUUUUAUGGAAAUGGCGUCAAGUCCUCGCUCCGUUGAAGAGAUCUUCAAGGAUUUCAGUGCUCGUCGAGACGGUAUCGUUCGUGCUUUAACUCAAGAUGUUGAUGAAUUCUACACUCUCUGUGAUCCAGAUAAGGAUAACUUGUGCCUGUAUGGACAUUCAAAUGAAUCAUGGGAAGUGACUCUUCCAGCAGAGGAGGUUCCACCUGAGCUUCCGGAGCCAGCUCUUGGAAUCAAUUUUGCGAGGGAUGGAAUGAAUCGUAGGGACUGGCUUUCUCUUGUUGCUGUGCACAGUGAUUCGUGGUUGCUUUCUGUGGCUUUUUAUCUUGGAGCUCGUCUUAACCGCAAUGAAAGGAAACGUUUAUUUAGCAUGAUCAAUGAGCUUCCAACUGUUUUUGAAGUUGUAACUGACAGGAAGCCAGUAAAGGACAACAAGCCCACUGUAGACAGUGGAAGCAAAUCUCGGGGCAGCACCAAGAGAUCAAGUGAUGGGCAAGUCAAAAGCAUCCCAAAGUUGGCAGAUGAUCAAGGUUAUGAGGAGGAAGAAGACGAGCACAGUGAAACCCUUUGCGGGAGCUGCGGUGGAAACUACAAUGCAGAUGAAUUUUGGAUUGGCUGUGAUAUAUGCGAGAGGUGGUACCAUGGGAAGUGCGUGAAGAUUACUCCUGCAAAAGCUGAGAGCAUAAAGCAAUACAAAUGCCCAUCAUGCAGCAUGAAGAGGGGCAGGCCCUAAAAGACAACAUGUGAAGUGAAUAAUAUUGCUUUGUUGGUGCUGACAGAUACCGUAAUAUUGCCAAGUCUCCUGUAGAAAUUCAUUUAAUGGUAUAGUUUAUAUAUGACUAGUGGGUAAAAUUUCAGAUAUUAUAGUUAAUUUCAUGGAUCAACAGUUUGUGUUACAAAUUUGGCUCCUCUUAUUGAGGUGUUGGGAAAAAUCCAAGGUUAUAAUUAUCGAUUGAAAGAUUUAAGUAGUAGAUUUUAAUUUA